CUCCCUCAAACAACAAUCCGAGAAGAAGAACAACUAAUGGGAAAUCCAAACCCUUCGUCGUCAUCCUCUCCGAGAUCCGGCCCAAAAGGAAAGCCAACGACGCCAUGCUGCAGCAAAGUUGGCCUUAAGCGAGGCCCAUGGACUCCAGAAGAGGAUGACAUACUGUCCAAGUUCGUGAAGAAGGAAGGGGAGGGGAGGUGGAGGACGCUGCCGAAGCGGGCCGGGCUUCUGAGGUGCGGGAAGAGUUGUCGGUUGAGGUGGAUGAAUUAUUUGAGGCCCAGCAUCAAGCACGGCCCGAUUGCGUCGGACGAGGAGGAUCUUAUCCUUAGGCUCCACAGGCUUCUUGGUAACAGGUGGUCUCUGAUAGCUGGAAGGAUCCCUGGUCGCACCGACAAUGAGAUCAAGAACUACUGGAACACAUAUCUAAGCAAGAAGCUCAUCAGCCAAGGAAUUGAUCCAAGAACCCACAAACCUUUGAAUCUCAAUAACCCUAACCCUAACCCUAACGAUCUCCAAACACCCAUACCCCCAGCAAAUCCUAAUCCUACAUCUUCUGAGCUCAAUAGUAGUUGUUACCUAAGUGAAAUUGAUAUCAAUAGCGGAGAGGAUACAGCAUUAAUGGAUUGCUACCCUGAAGAUGACUUCUCGUCCUUUCUUGAUUCGUUGAUUAACGACGACGUGUUUGUGCACCAACAGAACAAUGAGAAAACAUCAGAUCAAGAUGUCAAUGCUCAGUUUGUGAACUGCACCGGGAAAUAAUUUAGUAGAAUAACGUGCAUACUAAUUAGUAUUGUUAAUUAACAAUUAACAAUGUCUAAUUAUGUGUUGUAUGUAAGACUAGAACCUUGGACUGUAUAAUGUAGGUUGGUAUACUACCGAAUGAAUUUGUCUAUGAGACUAUAUAUGCUUGUAAUGAAACAUCAGAACGAUAGAAUUUCUUAACAUGGAGGUUUCUUGAUAUUA